ACUUAAUUUGAAAAGCUGAACGGUACGGUUGCCCAUAGAACCAGGGAGAGAAAAACUACCUAUUUUGUACCUUUAGUUGGUUGCUGAUCUGCUCGAUCUACAUUUGCUGAUUGUCCAGGAGUGACGAUUGCCUUCGAUAUGGACGUGGUGGGAAAAGUGGUGCUAAGCCUGCUCUUGGUCUGUGCUAGCCAUGCUUUACCGGUGCCCGUGAUUCCUGAUAAUUUUGAUAAUGCUACAAUGGAUUUAGCGCCAAAUGGAAUGCCUGUGUUUGUGGUUGAUCUUAAAGUACCGACUUACGAAGAUAUGGAAAAAUUCGGCACAGAAGAGGAAGACGAAAGCAUGGGAAUAAUCUUAAGAGAGAACAUCAACAUGCAAACAGGCGUUGAAAACAUAAUGAUUGAAGGUGACGUCAUCCUUGGUUACAACAUCAACGAAUAUAACGCAACGCAACCACAAGAAACCGCAGCAAGGAACCGUAAUCGACGCUGGCCGAAUGGUGUGGUUCCCUACUUUAUUGAUAGAACCUUUGAUUCUGGAGCGAGGAACCGCAUCUUAGGUGGUAUCCAGAGAUAUCACCAGACAACGUGCAUACGAUGGGUACCAAGGACCAACCAGAGAGACUACGUACACAUUGUGCCAAGACAGGGUUGUUUCUCUGCGGUCGGUCGUCAGGGCGGGCGCCAGGAGCUGUCGGUCGGGGGAACAUGCACCUUUGCACGGGGGACCAUCAUGCAUGAGAUGAUGCACGCCAUCGGCUUCCAACACGAACAGACCAGGACAGACAGAGACCAGUUUGUCACCAUCUUCUUUCAGAAUAUCCAGCGAGGUUUGGAGUAUAACUUCCAGCGUUACAGCUCUACCGUAAUAGACACGCUACAGACCCGCUAUGAUUACGCAUCCAUUAUGCACUAUCCACGUAAUGCAUUCUCGAGUAACGGACGGGAUACCAUCCAACCCAGGCAAGCGGGAGUUUCCAUCGGUAACCGCAAUGACUUCAGUAAUAUCGACGUCUUCAAAAUCAAUACAUACUACGAAUGUGGUGAUGAUGCGGGAACUGGAACAGGAACUACACCCACAAAUAACUGCGUGGAUAAUAAUGUCAACUGUGGAUACUGGGCGCGCGUCGGAGAGUGCCAGAGAAAUCCUAACUAUAUGAAUGUAAACUGCCGAAGAAGCUGCCGAAUUUGUACCAGUUCAUCAAACAUAAUCACAACACAAGAAAACGUGUGUACCGACAGCGACGAGCGAUGCCUUGAAUGGGCCAAUGCUGGAGAAUGUCAACGCAACCCUUCAUGGAUGUUGCCCAACUGCGAAUCAAGCUGUGAACAAUGUGUUGCAAGUACAGAAUCUUGUGCCGAUCGCGACGAGAAUUGUGACAUGUGGGCUCAGAACGGCGAGUGUGAAAUCAACCCCACCUAUAUGAACGAUUUCUGUAAGAUGAGUUGUGGACUGUGCGGUGGGGCGGAUGAGGGGCCUGGAGGCGACGGAGACGGGGGCACCGGCGGCGCUGGUGCCGUCGGUAUUGCCACAGCUUGUCUGGUCUUGGAGGCCUUGUUCUUGGCUUUCCUCAACUAACGGUCUUAAAGAAUGUGAAUAGCUUGAGGCCUUUUUUGUAUAAUAAGACGUAUUAAUGAGUUUUGACGGACAGCCAGGCUGUGUGAAUUCUUCUUAAUUUUUUAUAAAAUACCUUUUGUUAAAAAAAAUAAUAAAUAGUUAUGUAACAGUUUGAAUAGAGUUGGGUUAAACGAUUUAAAGAGGGCGACCCAUCACUUAGUCUUGGUUCAAGACUCUCCUGGAUUUGUCACAAGAGGGCGCGCUAUCACCCCAA